AAGAUUGGUGGUCGCAGCGACUUGUAGUAGGAGACAGACGAAAAUGACGAAGGAAAGAAAUGGUUCGAAUAUCAAUUGUUCUCAUGAACAUGAGACAAUUUCACAGCACGACAUAGACAAAGAAGAUAUAGAGGAGGAAAUUCAUUCCAAAAUUGUUCACAUCCACGAACAACAAUCACUUAUAUCCGAACUUCGGCAUGACGAGGUCAUUCGUUUCAAGGUCACACUUAGUAUGUGUGUUACCUUCGUUUAUGUCAUGUUGGGAUGGUGUAAAAGCCAAACAGGCCCAGCAUUUCUAGACAUUCUGUAUAUAUCUGGCACAGACCUGGAAAAAGGAUCUGCUUUUAUGACGUCAUACAGCGCGGGUUGUGCGAUAGGAUCCGUUGUUGGCGGGUCAUUUUACUCUAAAGUGAACAGAUACCUGUUACUAGUUGUAGCUUUGACGAUUUACAGCCUUACACGUGCACUCAUUCCUUGGUGUAUACUUUAUGAACUCAUGAUAACUGUUAACCUAAUUCAUGGUGUUUGCGCUGGAGUGAUAACUGUUGUGGUCGUAGCUGUUGCAGUAUCGAUAUGGGGAGCUACGCCACGAGGCAGAGUGUUUCUAAACAUUUUCCUAGUUUCUGACGGUGGAGCCGGUCUGAUCGCACCAAUGGUAUUAACCCCAUUUCUAUUGCCGCCGAGAACGAGUGAUAUCAUCUUGGGCAACGACCCGAGGAACUUCUCAAUUAUCAAUGUUGCAACAAGGAACACAUCUACUAUAGAGGGAAAUAUUUCGGCAGCCUAUUCUAUUCUACAAGCAAACAUAAGUCAUAUUGAAAUUCCAGCAUCCAGCGUUUAUAUUGCAUAUUCUAUCUCAGCCGGACUGGUUUUCUUAUCAACCUUGCCAUUCAUUGUGAUAUUUGCCAAACCGUCUAAAAACGAUAGCAAGGGCAGCGUUGACAAAGAAUCCAAUUUUCUUGGAAAGUUACCUUUAAGAGUCAAAAGGCUUCAAUUGGUGAACGUUGGAAUAUUUUCGACGUUUUACAUGGCGGUUUUCUUCAUAUUUACUGGAUAUUUGCCUGCGUUCUGUGUUGAACAUCUACGAUGGACAAAGACCUCUGGAGCAUGGUUGAUGUCAGUAGUUUAUUUUGCGAUGCUCUGUGGAAGAUUAUUCGGUGCGUUUCUAUCCAAUUUCUUUAAACCUAUGAAGAUGCUUUUACUUUCAACUAUUUUACAUGUCAUGGGAUUGGUAGGACUUUCCGUCAGUGGUGUCUUCCUGGCUGAUGUGGGGAUCUGGAUAUCUGUAUGUGGCGUAGGUAUUGCUUGGGGUUUCACAUGGCCAAGCCUGUUGAAUUGGACAAACGAGAAUCUAAUUCCAGUUCGCGGUAAAGUUACGGCAUUCAUCUGGUUAAUGGGAUUCGCUGGAACAUUAUUAAGUCCUUUGUUGUUUGGAUACAUGAUGGAAAAGGUUUCACCUAUUUGGUUUUGUUUUUUAAACUUAGGGAAGGCUUGUAUAACCUUUCUAAAUGUUAUUUUCAUGUUUGUGUACACAAGAUCUGCGAGGAAAAUUUCCAGCAAGGAUAAACAAAGAAAGCCUUCAAACAGUGAAACCUAGACACUUGUUUCUUUUAAAUAUUCCAAUAUUAGUUCUGGGGACACACGUUUCAACUAUAAUGCGGAUUUAUGAUUGCCAGAACUGAGACUGCAUUCUAUAAUGUAUCAUGUGCUAAAAGUCUCUAUAUAUUUUCAUAAUGAAUGAUAAAGAAACACAUGUAGAAUAACUAUAUCUUGCACCGAAGUAUCACUAAUUAUAAUUUAUACCCUUAAUGAAUAAAAAGUAACUUUUUUCCUA